AUGUCCUUCCAACUGACAGUGGCACUGCUCUUCGCAGCCAGUUUGGCUUGCGUUUCUUCCCGAUCUGCCCCACGGAUCGUCGGAGGAGAUGAAGCUCGCCAGCACGAAUUCCCGUACCAAAUCUCGCUGCAAUGGAACUUCAACCAGACCGACAAACCUGUUUUGCACUUUUGCGGAGGAUCGCUGCUGAACGAGAAUUUUGUCUUAACUGCGGCCCACUGUCGCACUUCCUACUCGGACGAUGGUUACAUCGAGGUGGUUGCCGCCGAACACGACACUUCCGUUCACGAAGGUUCCGAACAACGUCGCUUGGUUAAAACAUUUACCAUUCACGAGAAGUAUCCAGGAGGUGUUGCACCGAAUGAUAUCGCCGUUAUUCGUGUGAAUAAGCCUUUCGAAUUGAACGAUAAAGUAAAAGCCGUUCAGCUGCCGAAAAAGUUCGAACAGUUUGAGGGUGAUGUUAUGCUCAGCGGAUGGGGAUCGGUGUCGACCGAUGUGGUUCCAGACUACCCAGAAAAACUACGAAAAGCAGUUCUCCCCCUAGUGGAAUACGACACUUGCCUCAGUUUGUGGGACUUCUCGCUUGCAUUGGAAGAUAGCAGCGUUUGCGCUGGACCUCUGGACGGUUCCAAGAGUGGUUGUUCGGCAGAUUCUGGUGGUCCGCUGGUCAAACAGCUGGGCGACGAAGUGGUUCAGGUUGGGGUCGUUUCAUGGGGUGCCGUUCCCUGUGGAACUGCACGCAAACCGACCGUGUUUGCCGGUGUCGCUUCCUACAUCGAUUGGAUCGAAGAUAAGCUUCGUCAGUAA